GAGGGAGAGAGAGAGAGAGAUGACAAGAGGAGAGAGCGGUGAGCGACAGAGAACUGCUGAGCUGCGCUGGAGUUUGAAAGUCUUUGCGGAGAGACUUAAAACGGCAACGGUGAUAUAAAUACCUCCGCUUUUAACCGGAUUAAAGCCAUAACACUUUCCUUCCCUGACAAAGUCUGAGAGACUGUGCAGAGGAGACGAGGAACCGCGCGCGUGACAGGAGGCUGGUGUUCUCAUAGCUGGGAACUCAGGUAGCUGGAGAUCAUCACCUCACACACACACACACACACACACACACACACACAGAGCCUGAACUGAACUCCAACACACACAUGCACCAGAGAUCCUCAGACAACAAGACCAGCCUCACAGGAAAUGACAGAGUGCGGUGCUGAGACAGGAGCAGAAGUACAUCGGGUACGGCUUUGGAUAUCUUCCCGACUGCUUCGACUGAAGCUCCGGCCAGGACAGCAUUAAAAAUACAUAUCCCAAAGGAAGACUCUGGCUUCACACACACACACACACACACACACACAAAUAAAUCAAUACACCCAAGCUGUGAUUUCUUCAUCACUUUUCCCUGCAGCAUCACACUGAGUGGGCAGCGAAAGGACCGGCUGAGCAGAUUCUAUUUCUGCAGCACUGAAACACUGUCCGGAUUACUGAAAUGUUUUUAGAGUUCAUUUUUUUCCCACUAGUCUGCCAGUUUUAGGACCCAUUUUUACAAUUUCCAAAGCAAAAGCAACAUCUGUAUUUCCAUUAGCUUUACUUCGUCUGAUGGGUAAUAACUAUUUUUCUCCUCUCUUAUCAUCCUCCACUUUGCAUUGAAAUCAAAGUCCAGUGCUCUAACCUCAUUAGCAGAGUACAGUACGUUUAGAUUAGCAGCGAGGACCCGACUGCAAUUGAAGCUCUUUUUCUUUUUCCUCCCCCCACCCUGACUGUAAUGCUGCGCUAAUCAAAGCAUUCAAUCAUCGAAAGUGACUCCUACUUUUCUUUCCGCACAGUGCAAAGCUCAUUAGCAUAUUCAUAAGAUUGAUAAGAGAUGCAUCCCAUCAUGUGAAAUGUGACACUGACCACACGGCUGGCCCUCGUGGCUCGGAGGAGACGUGCAGAAAGUGAGCCAGACGAGCUUUUCAAGCUCAAUAGAACCUGACGCAAGCUUAGAGGGAAGGAAAGGAAGAGAGGAAAGCAGGGGAGGGAGGAAUUGAAGCACGCAUCUUUAUUUCCCACCCACAAGAUGAUUCAUGCUUGUAUGAAGCACCAAUUAAAAACAAUAUUAAAGAUGGAUUACUCGCUCUAGAAUAAAGCAAAGAGCUGCACUCAACUCCAUCUGAGAUCUCCUCAACAGUCACGUCCCUCAAAUCAGGAUGGACAGCCUGGAUGAAUUGGAGCACCCGCUUUUGGAUGACAGCCCCACACACUCAUCCAGAACGGGCAACAGCGGCCUCUUCAAGGGCAUUUUUGUAAGAUGCGAAGAGGAAAAGAGACCCCCCUCUCUAGCAUGGAGGAGCUAUUCCGGUCCUACAGAUGUAUCUCAGCAGCAGCUGCUGGAUCCGUGUUCACUCCCCAGCACACUCGAAUCCUUCUACACUCCUUCUGCUCCUCUGUGGGGCCCUGCAGACUCCCUGGGCCUCCACAGCAAGGAGUAUCUGGAAACCACGUUCAUGGACAUCGGCCCUGGAUCUCCUCUGGAGCGGAAGCUGCUGGCAGUGAGCAGAGACGUCCACAGCGUGUCCUACAGCAUGGAGGAUGAAGACGACCUGCUGCCAGACUUUGAGGAUUCCUCGAGUGACGACUUCACUGACACAGAAAGCGAAAGCAACUUCCCUCUUAUGAUCCCACAGGAUCACCUUGGUCUGGCCUUCUUCUCCAUGCUCUGCUGCUUCUGGCCUUUAGGCAUCGCUGCCUUUUAUUUGUCUCAGAAGACAAACAAAGCAUGGGCGCAGGGUGACUUCCAGGCAGCGAGCAAGGCGUCUCGUCACACUCUGUGGCUCUCCAUCGUCUCCAUCAUCUUCGGCAUCAUCACCUACAUCUGCGCCGUCGCCGCUCUCAUCUCCUACCUGUCCGGGAAGCCGCCUUAAAGUGUGCACAGUCUCAGGCCCCUCCCCUUUUACAACACUGUCCCCGCCUCCUGAAGACACUGACAUUCUGCGCAUACACUCACACAGAUCUGUACCAUGUAUUAACACUGGGCUUUUAUUCGAAAUUAACCUUCCCGGAUCCAACCUGUCUGGAUUGUAGAGGGACGGCUGCUAAUGCGACAGAUGGGAAAAGGAUCUCAGGACAUAACUAACAGAUGAAACACGUCUCGGUUUUGUUCGAACCCCUUACAGCUGUGCAGCAGUGGCACAAUGCCACGGAGCCCAAACAGCUUGCGUAGAUAAGAGAGCUGGCUCCUUCUAAAAUGUUUCCGAGACCUGAGGGUUUGUUUGAAGGAUUUGACAAGGUCUGAAAGAAUAGAACUUUCAGCAGGUCGUGUUCUUCUUGCUCCUGUAAAACACUGGCACGAUUUUAGAGUUAUUAGUAACAUCUAUGGGACCUAGCUAUUCAAACACACACACACACACACACACAAACACACACACAUACAUAUAUAUAUAUAUAUUUGUGACAAUAUUUCUCUUAUGUCCCAAAUUCAUUUAACUAUUCAUCUUUAAUAAGCUCUUUAUCCUGAUCAGGGUUGCACUGGAUCCAGAGCGUAUCCCAGGAACACCGGGCAAGAGGAUGAAAGCCACCCUGAAUGGGACACACAUACUCUCACACAAACUCAUUCACCCUAGAGGUAAUCUAGAGUAGUUAAUCCAUCUACCGGUAUGUUUUUGGAAAGUGGGAGGACACCAAGUAGCCGAAGAAAUCCCACACAGAAACAGGGAGAACAUGGGAGACUCCAUACAGGCAGUAAAGCCGAGCUCAGGAUGAAACACGGUGACCCUGGUGCCGUGAGGCUAGCAAUGCUACCCACUGUAUCCCUACACCAACAUGUCUUAUGAUUCAGUGUGUGCCAUAAAAAUGUUUCCGUAAUGGACGACAAAUGGAGCAGUAGAUAGACUUAAUGCAGUAUAUUUUACAGUUUCUGAGAGAGUCGGAAAGCUUGAAUUAUGUGGCAGCCUGGGAAAACCCUUCACAUGAACAAAAUUUCUGCUCUAUACUUCUGAAAACUAGUUUUUCUUUUUUGUGCAUCUCUAACAGAAGAAUCUUUUUUAAAUUAAUUUAAUAUUUUAUUUUAUUGUUUCACAUACCUCUAGAUUUAUACCUAUAAACCCUAUGAACAAACAUUACUGACUACUUUAAACAAAUUCAGGGUGGUGGUAGCUCAUAUGGUUAAAGCUCUGGGUUGUUGAUCGGGGUUCAAGCCUCACCACCGCCAAGCUGCCACCAUUGGGCCCUUCAGCAAGGCCCUUACCCCUCUACGCUCCAGGGGCACUGCAUCAUGACUAACCCUUUGCUCUGACCCCAAUCCUCCAAGGAUAUGUGAAGAAAGACUUUCACUGUUCAGUAAUGUAUAUAAUAAAGGCUACUUAACUUAAAUUCUGCCUUUAUACUAGGAAAUGAAUUCUCACUUUGCUUAUCAGCAUCAUCCACAUCAGUUUCUGUCUCAUCAGCUGAGAUAAAAUUCGCACACAGCCUCAUUGUUGUCUCUUCACUUGACUGAUCUCUGUUCAACAUAACGUUGGUGAGGAAAUAAUUGCUGGAAAUAAUUCAGUCAGUUGUUAACUAAAUGAAUUAUGAGCAGUUUAAAUCUGUGUGCACUCUUCUCAGCUUUGAUGAAGAUGUCCUGGUGCAGGAUGCAUGCAUCAGCUGUCUGAAUUCAGCUGAACUGAUUAGGCUUACGUCUCUGACACAUAGCAGUCAUGUGACAUUCACACUUAUAACCGAUCAGGCAUAACAUUAUGAGCAGUGUGAGGUGACGUGAAUAAGACUGAUGAUCUCCUCAUCAUGGCACCUGUUAGAGGGUGGGAUAUAUUAAGCAGCAAGUGAACAUUUUGUCCUCAGAGUUGAUGUGUUAGAAGCAGGAAAAAUGGGCAAGCGUAAGGAUUUGAGCGAGUGUGACGAAGGACCAUAAUUGUGAUGGCUAGACCACUGGAUCAGAGCAUCUCCAAAACUGCAGCUCUUGUGGGGUGUUCCCGGUCUGCAGUGGUCAGUAGCUAUCAAAAGUGGUCCAAGGAAGGAACAGUGGUGAACCGGAGACAGGGUCAUGGGUGGCCAAGGCUCAAUGAUGCACAUGGGGAGCGAAGGCUGGCCCGUGUGAUCCGAUCCAACAGGCUAGUUCUGAUAGAAAGGUGACAGAAUACACAGUGCAUGAUGGGGCUGUUUAGGCAGCAAAAUGGGGAUCAACACAAUAUCAGGCAGGUGGUCAUAAUGUUAUGCCUGAUAUGAGUAUCUGGUAAGGUUUGAGUCAGACUAACUGCAUUAAUGCAGGUAGAAACCCAAAGCUAGGUUAAAAAGUAGCCUAACUAAAUGUUAUGUUGGCAACAUAUAUGAUAGUCUAUAUAUAUACUGUAUCUCAGCCACAGUGACAUCCGAUGGGUUUUCCUAGACCGCCACACAAAUCUGACCCACUUUCAGUAUGCCAUUAAGAGUCUCCUCUCCACAGUCCUGUCUAAUAAUAACAGCACUUAGACAGGACCGCUUUCUGAAGUCAGUGUCACCUCACAUAGUGACGUACUGAUGCAGUUAAGGGUUAAGGAUGUGGUUCAAGGACACUCUGGGCAAGUCGGACCUGGUGUAAUCCUAAGAGUACAGCCUCAGUUUAAAUACAAACCUGGACUUUUUCCUCACUUCACCAUCGGCAUUUCUUUGCUUGUCGUGUAUUUUUCCUACUCCAUGGUUCUCCAUCCGUUUGAUAACAGGCAUGCAGUGAGAUUAUGAAAUGAAUGUGUGUGAAAGUUUCGGCUUUUUAUGAGACUUUCCACCAAGUUUGUCCUUCCAUCCUUAAGACAACUACAACUACUGUAUCUGCAUGGAGAUGUGUGCACUGAGACCGUUUUAUUAUUAUUAAAAAAAGGAGCUUCGGCGUGUGUGGGCGUUUGCUUUUGCCUCAGUAAGCUCUGUCAGCUCCCAGAAAAUGGCCCCGCUUGAAUGAAGUGAGCCAAACAGGAGGGGGUUCGAGUGAAGCCGCUAAUAAAAGAAGCAGUGAGUGCAAACAUAUUGUUCAUUAUAGUUUUAUGCCGGCGCACUCUAUUGUGAUGUUGUUCUGUUGUUUGCUUGUCAUGUUUUUGUGUUCUACAAUUCUCUACAGCUCACACAAACAGUGAUUCAUCCUCGUGUGUUUGGUUAUAUAAUUACCAUGAAGCCUGGGCUUAUUAUUUACAGCGUAACUGUGGAGCUGGGAUUCUCCGUACCUUCAGGAAAUACACAGUAUACAAAACCUCAGAGACGUUUCGCUAAUGUAGAAAGGCAGUACUCUGGAGUCAUAUUAUUAUAACCCAAAUAAAAGAUUUAACGCUAAUCAUUUAAUGCUGGGAAGUAGCAGGUGGCCCAAAUUGAGCUGAAAUAAGGGUCAGAUAUUGGCAUUGGCAGACGAGGAUAUCGGAGUAUGCUAGUAUGAGUUAUAAGUCAAAAAUAUUCAUGCUAAUCGCCAAACUUGUUGGAAAUGACGUCAGAAGGCCAGAGUAACUCACUCUGUACAUUUGUGUUGAGCAGAAAAGCAUCUCAAGGAAAGAAUGGUCACCAUGUCAAACCUUGAGAAGGAUGGGCUACAACAUCAGAAGACCAUAUCAGGUUAAACUUCUGUUAGCAAAGCUGCGGCUGCAGUGGACCAAAAUUGGCCUGGUCUGAUGAAUCUUUUUGAUUUCUGAUGAGAUGUACAGAUGGGUGGGGUCAGUAUUUGAUGCCAGAAGCAUGGAUCCAAUCUGCUUGUGUCAACAGUCCAGACUGGUAGAGGUGGUGUAACAAUGUGGGGAAUGUUUUGUUGGCUGUAAAUACCAAUCAAUCAUCACUCGAAUGCCUGAGAUUAUAUCAGUAUUCUUGUUGACCAGCUUCAUGGCCACAUUUUGAAUCGUCUAAUGGCUCCACCCAGCGUCAUAAUGCACCAUGUUACAGAGCCGUCUCAAACUGGUUUCAUAAACAUGACAAUGAGUUCAGUGUGCUUCAGUGACCUUUCCAGUGACCAGAUCCUAAUCUAAUAGAAGAUCUAGUGUUGGAUGUGGGACAUUCACAUCAUGAAAAUCUGCAGGAAUUGCGUGCUGCAAUGAUGUCACUGGACCAGAAAUGGACCUAUAAGGAAUGUUUCCAACAUCUUGUGGAAUCCAAGCUAUUAAGAAGUUCAGGGCUGUAUUGAGAGCAAAGCAAAGCGCUGACCAGUACUAAUAAAGUGCUCAGUGGGUGUAUUAAUUCCAUCUCAAUUCCAGUUUGCGACGCUCCAAAAGAAUAAAGUGCUAAAUGUCAGACACUCAUUUACUACUUAAAGCCGACUUUCAACUGAAGCAAACCAAAGCAGGGAAUCAUUUCUCCUCCCUCAGCAUCUUCUGCUGACUCAAAGGGCAAAACGUCGACUGUUGUGAGAGAUCCAGGGCAUAAAGCAGCGUCCGAGCAAACUUGUCCCGGCAGAUCCAUUCAGAGCCGUGUUCCCGCCGAGCGCUGAUGAAGUGGGCCAGAUCACAGUGUGGAGCACAGGGUUACAUCUACAGCUAGCAGACCAGCCUCAGACUGGAGACGAGCGAUAACACACAGACGCCGCUGUGUCCACGGAGAACGCAGACGGCUACACGAUGACGUCAUAGCGCCAGGGAAAAGGUCAAGGUGAUUCAGGGUUUGUUGCUGUUUUGGUUAGACAUCUCUACCAGACAUCUGAUACAUAAUUCUGUUACGUCUGAUUCACAUAACUAAUGUAAAUGUUUAUGAAGAAUGAUGAAUCCUGAGUCAAAACAAAUACAUUCACAUGUACCAGAGAAUAUAUGUUAGGAACUACAUGCGUCUGUGAAUGGCUUUGGUCAUGAAGGUCAUUUUCACUCAAGUCUUGGUCCUAAUCAACCCCCCAGAAUGCACUGCAUAAACUCAGCAUCUUUAAUCUGGUCUUCUGGGGUGAACAGUGUUACCUCAUCUUCCUUUCCUCCUUUUUUUUCACCUAUCUAUCUAUCUAUCUAUCUAUCUAUCUAUCUAUCUAUCUAUCUAUCUUGUUUAUUUACCCAUCCUUCUAUCCAUCCAUCAUCCACCCAUCUAUCUAUCUAUCUAUCUAUCUAUCUAUCUAUUUCAUUUUUGUAUUUUUGAGAAAACCUCUACAAACAUGUCUUGACAUUUCUUCAGUCUGCUGAAGGCUGGAUGGAUAUAGACUGGCUGUUACAGAGUAAUGCUCAGGGGUUUGUUUG